CUUUUAAAAAACUUACAGGUAAAGUGGACAGCCCUUCCUCGUCUGCGCCUUUUUCCCUUAAAGAUUUAACCUUUUUUCUUGGCGGACCUUCUUCUAUAGUAGUCGAAUCCAUAUUUUUAAAAUUCAACACAAAUAAAAUCGGUUUGUUUUCUUCUUUCUGUCAUUCAAUGGCGCCAAAUUAUGAGUGACAGUUAGUAUGCAAUGAAGUUAGUCACAUGAAGUUCAUGAACCACAAAUGCAUUUAUUUAAAUAUUUUACGGUAAAUUAGACGUAUAGUGUAUUACAAAAUAAUCUUGUAUAUAACUUUCCACAUUAUUUAUAUUAAUUUUGUGUUUAUUCGGUAAUGAUUCCUGUAAAAUCAGCUGAUUGUCAAAAAAGUUGGGUUGGGUUAAAUUCUCCGAAAUGGGUUUACAUCGCGAGCACAUCAACGGAUACGACGAUUUUUGUAAAUUUUUCGAAAAAUUUGAGAGCAAAGGAAAAACCGUGCACGUUUAUUUUUCCGGAUCGAAACUGGAAAACGGGGAAAGUUGGUGCGACGACUGCAUCAGAGCGUGGCCUGUUAUUGAGGGAGUCUUGAAAAAACUCGAAGGACCCAGCCAAGAACAUGAAGAAAGUGAAACCAAGAAAAUAGAAGAACAGGUGCUGGAAACAAAAGAAGAGAAGCCAAAGGAAGCCAAGAAAACAAAAGAACAAGAAAAUAAGCCAAAGGAAGCCAAGAAAACAAAAGAACAUGAAAGUAAACCAAAGGAAACAAAAGAACCAGAAAGUAAAUUGAAGAAAAAAAAAGAACAAGAUGGGAAACCAGAGGUAGCCAUGGAAACAAAAGAACAAGAAAGUAAAACAACUGAAGAAUCAGCAGAGAAAGAAGAAAGCAAUGAAUCAUACUUCAUUUAUGUGGAAGUUGGAGAUAGACCUACUUGGAAAGAUCCAAAGUCUUCCUUUAGAACGGAUAAAAGAACAAAAGUAAUGGUUUUGCCAAGUAUAAUAAGAUGGGAAGGACACCAAAGAUUAAUUGGGGAUCAAUGUGAAAACCCAGAACUAGUAGAAAUGCUUUUCACUGAUGAAGAUGAUUAGUUUAUAAAACUUAAUUAUUCCACAUUUUUUAUAUUAAUAUAAUAAUAAUUUUCUAAUAAUAUAGUCAUAUUUUUAUAUUCAUACCCGCGGCAUUGUAAAAGAAAUAAAUAUAAAAAACAAACUUACAUUAGGUAUUAGUAGGAUUAUACUUGAAUAAAAAUUCAAAACAAAAUUUUAUUUUAUUUAAAAAAUCACCUAUAAAAAUAUACACAUUUAGUACAAACUACAUUCAUUUUACCAAUUCCCUAGAACAAAACAAUGCACGCAAAAAACAUUGGUCAAUUGGGUAAAAUAAAUAUAGCCAACAAAUUAUACAAAUUUAAUACUUUUAAUGUACAGCUUCUAUAAUAUUGGAAUGCGUUUUUUGAGAUUUAUCUUCCUCUUUGUCUGCAAUGAGAUCUUCAAUUUUGGCGUCCUCAGGUGGUAUUAUGUUGAGGGUGCUGAUUGGUUCAGUUACAUACACAGAGUAUGUGAGUUUUUUGCUUCUUAGAAGGCUGUAUGAGUUAUCAAAAGUGACGGUAUCUAAAAAAUAUGAAGAUUUCGAGAUUUCCACAACUUUGACAGCUUGUAGUUUUGUUAUUUUUGACCCAAUUUAAAAAUUAAAUAUAUCAAAAGUUAGAUAAUUUCACCCACUUUAAGAAAAUGUACACUUCUUAAUACACCCGAUACUAAUUUCUCGAGAUAAUCCACAAAAAACAAAGUCGCGUCAAUUUUAGUUCCCUUAAAAUUAACAUCAACUUUAAUCGCCUGUAGUUUUGUUAUUAUUUACCUUAUCUUAAAAAUAAUUACAUCAAAAGUUAGAUAAUUUUAUCCACUUUGGAAAAAUAUAAAUUGGAAAAUCAUUAUUAAUUAAAUAAAGGUGGAGAAUGUAGGUUAAACUUACAGGUGGCAGGUGCCUGGCACGCUAAGACACCGUUUUCUGCCAUUUGGUGCGCCGCUACUCUGCGAUGGUGGAUUGCGGGGCUCACAUUUCCAUCGGCAUCUUUCAGUGUCACUCCGAACCUAAUGUCGUGCCCUUCGCUCUUAAAGUCCCACCUACAAACAAGGUAAUUU